UUCACAAUACAUUCAACACAACAGAGACGAUGCCAGUGUGUGACAAUGUAUUGGUGCGUAUAUGAAAAAAAGCAUAUAAUAUUGCAGUGUAUGCUAGUUUUGUUUGAGCGUCAUUUCAGUGAAGUGUUACUUGAAAUAACUAACAAAUAAUCAAACUAUUUUGAAAUUUAGAAAAGAUUUAAAGUGAGCAACGAUCCUACAUACACACCAGAUGAUGACGAAAUGGAAGUUGAUGUGAGAGGAGUUUCAGAAUUAGUUCUAUCACCACAAACAUACACUCACAGAUACAAUACUAAAAACUAUGCAAUGAUGUGUGACAGAUUUGGUGUGCAUGAUAGAAUGGGAUCAGCAUUGGCAACAGCUCUGAUGGAAGACCUGGGCGUAAAAGAUGCUCAUGACAAUCUUGUCAUCAUGGAUAAAAGUAAACUUCGUAGAGAAAGAGAAAAAUGGAGACAAGAUGCACUUCGUAAGCGGUAUGAUGGCUCGAAUUUGAUAUCAUUUUCAUUCGACGGCAGAAAAAAUGAUGCUCUAACUUUAGAAAAAAUUGAUGAGAAGUUGCAUCCAAGGAUGGUUAAAGAACCUCAUCUAGUUGUUUUGAGGGAACCAAAUUCUCAAUUGAUAGGCUACACAAAAGUAGAAAGUGAAACUGCGGAAAGCAAAGUCAACAAAUUGAUCGAAUUCUUCCAAGAAAAACAACUGUCUCUCGAUUCAUUAAUUGCCAUAUGCUCUGAUGGUGAACCAACAAAUGCUGGCGUACACGGUGGAGUUUUGCGACUAUUCGAAAAACUGUUAAAGAGACCACUGCACUGGUUUGUGUGUCUUCUGCACUUUAACGAGCUUCCGUUCAGACAUUUGUUUGACACUUUAGACAAAUCAACCACCACUGGACCACGAUCAACUACCGGAAAGUUGAGCUCAAAAAUUGCUGAUUGUGAAAAGCUUCCGGCGGUAAUCGAUUUUGAGCAAAUCGCUUUGGAAAAUAUGCCUCCUGGUGAAAAAAAUGUAGAUGAAUUAUCUACCGAUGCGAAAUACUUAUACCAAAUGGCCCGUGCGAUUUCUAAUGGUGAGAUUCCGGCGGAUUUGGCCAACAACAAACCAGGAGGAAUUGCACAUUCUCGUUGGCUCACCAAGGCCAAUAGAUUAUUACGGUUGUAUGUGACAACUAAUAAUCCAACUCAAAAUUUAAAAAUUCUGGCUAACUAUAUAAUAAAAGUAUACACGCCAAUGUAUUUCAAUGUUAAGUAUUAUAGCUCUGCCGUAUACGGUAGUACAUUACUUUUUAAAUUUAUUACUUGGACCCGAUUUUUACCAUCGAAUUUACGUCAAGUUGUAAAUACAGUAAUUCAAGAUAAUGCAUAUUUUGCACACUCAGAAAAUAUCUUGCUAUCUAUGUUGUUCGAUGAUAGAAUGGAAAAACGAAACAUUGCUAUCAAGAAGAUUUUACAUUACCGAAGAGAUAUUGUCGACCCAACGGAACUUAGAGUUUAUAAAAAACCUCUUAUAAACUUUAAUUGUACGGAAUAUACAAAUAUGAUUGAUUUAAAUGACGAUACCAUUUUAUUCGAACCACCGUUUACGCAAAGUCAUUCGUAUGAACAUUUGGAGGGAUAUUUAAAUUACGAAGAGCCACCAUUCGAUGAUCCACAAAUUCCUUUACACAUCCAAGGAACGGAAAGACAUAUCCAAUUGCUGGCUGCCACUGCUAAACGAGUUGCAGGAAAGAAUGUAGAAGGCGCUAUGGCGACGACAUUAGAGAGCCGUGAGAAAACACCCAGACUUGAAAGCAAACAAGACUUUCAGAAAAAAUAAUGUUUUUUUUCACAUUUUUUCUUUUACUACACUCAAAUUGAAUAUUUUUUUUUUGAUUAUAGGUUGAUAGAUACUUUAUUA